CGGGUCCCUGAACAGGGUCCAAGAGCAGAGUUACAGCACUGGCAGGAGCCCCACGCCCCCGCAGCGCCCUGGCACUCAGGACCAGGCCUACCUGGAUGAGCUCAUCAGGAUCCCCAAGGGCAGUGGGCCUGGGUUCAGCUUUAGGAAACUCUGGGCUUUCACCGGUCCCGGCUUCCUCAUGAGCAUCGCCUACUUGGACCCAGGCAACGUGGAGUCAGACCUGCAAUGCGGGGCACUGGCGGGAUUCAAGCUGCUGUGGGUGCUGCUGUGGGCCACCAUCCUGGGGCUGCUGUGCCAGCGCCUGGCCAUCCGUCUAGGCGUGGUGACGGGGAAGGACCUGGGCGAGAUUUGCUACCUCUACUACCCGAAGGUGCCCCGCGUGCUGCUCUGGCUCAUGAUUGAGAUUGCCAUCAUCGGCUCCGACAUGCAGGAGGUGAUCGGGACCGCUAUUGCUUUCAGCCUGCUCUCAGCUGGCCGCAUCCCCCUCUGGGGUGGGGUCCUUAUCACCAUCGUGGACACCCUCUUCUUCCUCUUCCUUGAUAAGUACGGGCUCCGCAAACUGGAGGCUUUCUUCGGCCUCCUCAUCACCAUCAUGGCCCUGACCUUUGGCUAUGAGUAUGUGGUGGUGAGGCCGAGGCAGGUGGAGGUGCUGAAGGGCAUUUUCCUGCCCAGCUGCCCGGGCUGCGGGCGAAAGGAGCUGCUGCAGGCCAUGGGCAUCAUUGGCGCCAUCAUUAUGCCCCAUAACAUCUUCCUCCACUCCUCCUUGGUCAAGACACGGGUGAUCGACCGGUCCAAGAAGGAGGCAGUGCGGGAGGCCAAUAUGUAUUUCCUGACCGAGUCCUGCCUGGCCCUCUUUGUCUCCUUCCUCAUCAACCUCUUUGUCAUGGCUGUCUUCGGCGAGGCUUUCUACCACCAGCGAAAUGAGGACGUGCACAACAAGUGCGUCAACAGCAGCAUCAGCCACUACGCCGGCAUCUUCCCCACCAACAACAAGACAGUGUCCGUGGAUAUCUACCAGGGGGGCGUCAUCCUGGGCUGCUAUUUCGGGGCAGCGGCGUUGUACAUCUGGGGCAUCGGGAUCCUGGCAGCCGGGCAGAGCUCCACAAUGACUGGGACUUAUGCAGGGCAGUUCGUCAUGGAGGGCUUCUUGCAGCUCCGCUGGUCCCGCUUCACCCGGGUGCUCUUCACCCGCUCCUUUGCCAUCCUGCCCACUGUCUUCGUGGCCGCUUUCAAGGAUGUCAGCCACCUCACAGGCAUGAACGACCUGCUCAACGUCCUGCAGAGCAUCCUGCUGCCUUUUGCCGUCCUGCCUGUCCUCACCUUCACCAGCCUGCACCCGCUCAUGCAGGAUUUCAGCAACAGCCUCCCAGGGAAGGUGCUGAUGACCUUCAUCACGGGGCUGGUCUGCGCCAUCAACGUUUACUUCGUGGUGGACUUUCUACCAACAUUGCACGGCCUGGAGUACCACAUUCCCCUGGGCCUGCUACUGGCUGCCUACUUGGCUUUCGUCGCCUACCUGAUCUGGACGUGCAGCAUCGCCCACGGAGCCCGGUUCCUGGCCCGGGGCCAUCACAGCCGGUUCAAUUUUGGUCUCGCCCUCGACCCGACAGGGAAACGGUGACGAAUCCCACCCAUCCCUGCUUACUAUCCCCA